GCGGUGGAAACACCUUCAGGAGAAAAGUAACACACACACACACACACACACACUGCUACGAGGGAUGAUGAUGGUUUCACACACACUUGAGUCGUUUAACGGCUUCCUCACUGAAAGACUGACCGCUGUCGCGAUGGACAUCUACGGGUUCUUUGAAAAGGUGAUGGUGGAGAACCAGGAGGAGGUGUACCGGACCCAACAGGAGAACCUACGGCUACAGCGGUUGCUAGAUUUAGUCUAUAAACCAGAGAUACGACUCCACAGAACCGACGCCAAACCUCCAUGUGCACCAAUGUUUAAAAGAGAAAUUCCUACACAGCAGGAGGUGAGCGUGAGCCAGGAGGAGCCGGAGCACUUGGAGGCCAAAGAGGAGCAGAGCGAGGAACUGUGUGACAAUAGUAUCGACGAGCAAGUAUUGACGGAGAACAGUGACGAUUCGUUAACAAAGGAACUCGUUAAAACAGUGCAGCAGUUGGAGGAUGGUAGAAAGGCAGAGGAAUGCAAGGAGCCACAGCAGACCCCUUCAAAUGAGCCAGACCUCUCAGAGGGGAAAACGAGCACCACUUUGUAUCGCUGCCACAUAUGCAACUACAUAUUUACCAAGAAAACUGUGCUGACAUGGCAUCUCAAGAUGCACGAAAGCAAAUCUAAUGGAGGCAAGCGAAACUUUGGCUGCCACAUCUGUGGUAAGGUCAUUCCCCGUUUGAGUAACCUGCAGAGCCACAUGAGAGUUCACACAGGAGAGAGACCCUACAGCUGCAAGUUUUGUGACAAAUGUUUUAAGCUUAAAGGACAUAUGACUGAACACCUGAGGACUCACACAGGUGAGAAGCCUUUUACCUGCCAUGUCUGCAACAAAUCCUUCAACAGGGGUUUUACUAUGAGGAAGCACGUCUUAGCCAAGCAUCAAGAGGAGAGGCCAUACAAAUGUGAUUACUGUUGUGAGUUAUUUACCGAGAAGCUGUUGAUGAGAAAACAUGUAAAAAAAGUUCACGGUGUCUGAGCGUGUAACCAAUCACAGCCCGGCCGGAAGCAGAUGUCAUUAACGGUUGUCCUGACCUAGAAUCUGGAAAAGGAUGUUUAGAGGUUUCAGAGCAUUGAUUCUGGCUGUUUUAAUAAAAGCUGCAUGCUUGAGCUUUUCAAGACUUAAAUAUUGAACUGUUAAAAAGUUUUCUUUAUUAAAAAAGUAGACUUUAGCUAUAUAAAACUGCUCCUGUAUAGUUGAGAAACAGGCUUAGUUAAUGAAUGGAGCGAUUUGUCUAUGCUUACAGGUGAAAAAGUGCUUCAUUUGCUUAAGUGUUACAUUUUUGCUGGACAGUUUAUUCAUGCAUUCAUGUACAGAAAUGCAAAGACCUGAUGCUGUUCGCUGAAUUGUGUGAGAAUAAAAAUAUCAGUAUGAAGUCCAAGGACUACUUCAAACAA